AAACACAUGAAUCGUAGCUGCGGGCAGGAGGAAUAUCAGGUGCAUCUCCAGGCCCUGAGGGCGCAACUCCUCCACUUAAACCCCUCCCACUGGGGCGGCCGCUCAGUUUCUGAGAGCAGCCGGCUGAGACAGUCCUGCUCCUGGGCACUGUCCGCCUCCCACCGCGCCUCCCGCUCCCUGCGCUGCCUGCCUCCGGCACCAUCACUGCCUUCCCCGUGGCCAGAAGGGCUGCAAGGCUCUGCUCCUGCCAUUUGGAGGCCAGGCCAGGAAAGAGAGGCAGGCACCCCUGCCACGCUCUCGGCCUCGCAGAGGGAUCUGUGUUUGCUGGCCAGGCAGGGACGGGGCGCUGCAUGGACCUACCCCCCACCACUCACCAGGUGGGCAGUGGAAACAGGCAGUGACCAGAACCAGACGUUGGGUCACUCACAGGCUCCCUUGACAGCACCUCAAACCACCUCCCAGUCCCCCCGUGAGCGCAACUCUCCUGGGCAGACCCGCAGCGCGUGGAGCUGGCUUCAAGUAAGAGCGGUGGGAAGGAAAGCAAGAGCACGCCUUUAAAACCACCACGUGCGGAUCCAACAGGAGCCAGCUGUGAGCCGACCCCUGGAAACGGGAGCCUGAACCGAAAGAGGAAAAUGAGUCUUCUCAAAGAGCGGAAGCCCAAAAAGCCGCAUUAUAUCCCCAGGCCUCCGGGAAAGCCCUUCAAGUACAAGUGUUUCCAAUGUCCCUUCACCUGCAAUGAGAAGUCCCAUCUCUUCAACCACAUGAAGUAUGGGCUCUGUAAGAACUCCAUCACUUUAGUCUCGGAGCAAGACCGAGUCCCCAAGUGCCCCAAGUCUAACCCUCUAGACCCUAAGCCCACGCAUCAGCCGGACCCCACAGUGAAGCCCACCGCCUCCAAGUCUGUCACACACAGCCUCCCCCACUUGGACACCAAGCUCCCACUCGGCCUGGCCAAGGAUGAUGCCAAGGAGAACCUGGAACUGCAGCUGCGGGGGCCCCACAAGGGCCCUGGACAGAAGCCUGCUCUCCACAAGGAGGCCGAGCACCGGGGUCCAGCCCCAGAAGCCACGGCAGGCACCCCGCCUGCUCUGGAAGGCGUCGUGCGGCCGUCGGCCUUUGUUCCUGUCGGAGAGCACAGACUCAAAGGGCCAGAACACGCCGAGGCUCCCGAGGCCCUGGCACUGCCCAGCGCCACUGCCAAGGCCACCACUUUCCACACCAAGUCUGCAUUCCACGCCCCUGCCUACCCCUGGAAAGCUGGCCCGCCUUUCCUCCCGCCCGAGUUUUCACAUAAAAUCCCUCCCACGAAGGGGUUUGGGGCCCUUUCCCCUUACAUGCACCCCACAAUUCCCGAGUACUCGCCCCACUUUUACACGGAGCAUGGACUGGCCACCAUCUACUCCCCCUACCGACCGGCCGGGAGCUCGCCCGAGUGUGACACCCCCCUGCUGUCAGUCUACGGGGCCCAAGACCAAAGACACUUCCUGUCUCACCCCGGGCCGAUGCCCAAGCACUUGCACCCGUCCCCCCUGACGUACGACCAUUACCGGUUUUUCCAGCAGUACCACCCCAACUUGCCAAUUCCUUAUGGAUUCUACAGAGCAGAGUCUGCCUUUUCCUCCUACGGCCUCAGACUCCCGCCCGUCCCUGGUAUUUCACAGGAUCAGAGCUCUCACCUGCUGGAAGAAGCUACCCUGGUCUACCCAGCCUCAAGUCCAUCCAAGUCAAACCCUUCCCACUCCCACAAAAAACACACGGAGUUUGAGAAAGAGAGUCCGACUGCCGAGGCUGAAGACCCUUCCAAAGACAGGCAGAGGGACACAGAAGGGACCAAGAUGAGCCCACGUGCAGGCAGCGCGGCCACUGGCUCCCCGGGAAGGCCAAGUCCCACCAACUUCACACAGACAAGCCAGCCCUGCACUGGGCUGGGCGACCUCUUGGACAAGCCCACGGCGAACGCCCUGGGAAGGCUUCAGCAACCAGAACGGAGCCUCACAGCCUUCAAGCCCAUCCAGAAAAGCACCGAGCGCCCAGACUCCCAGGCUCCAGAAAACAGAGACGACCCUCCACAAAGUCUCGAUGCCAUGGACAUCGACACUCCGGCCCGGGCAGGAAGCACCUCGCGCGGCAUGGAGGCCCUGCCGCCCAGCCCAGAGGACGGCUCCAGGAUAGCUCCGCUGAACCUCUCCAAGAAACCGGAGGCCAGACCAGCAGCAGCUCACGGUCCCCUGUAUGCAGACUUCCCAGAGCUGCAGGACGUGCCUCUCAACCUCUCGGUGAAGGACCCCUGCAAUGCCCUGACCCUGCGGCCUUCCCCCCACAGCCCAGCGCCAGAGGCGGAACCUGCCACUGCUACUGAUCAGAAGACCGGGCCGGAAGGUUCUGGAGAUGGGCCAGGACACACAGAGACGAACCAAAACAGCCUUGGCUCUGAUGAAGUUCCAAUGACCAGCCCCAUUGGGAAGGCCCAGGACACACGGGCCGUGGAUAGCAGCGACGAGCAGAAGCAGACGGCAGCCGUGGCCCUCUGCCAACUGGCAGCCUACAGCCCGGGCACCAUCCGGGUGGGCGAUGGGGAGCCUAUGGCCCAGGAGUCCACCUGCCAACAAGACACGCCAGCUCUCAGUGCCACGGCGAGCCAGGAGCCUCAGAGUGACCUCAGACCCAAAGGGCAGAAGAGGACAAGCCCACGGGAUUCGGGGAAGUCCCAGCAGGGAGCUAAGAAGACGAAGCUGAGCGACACGGCCAGAGUGUUCACUCUCCGGAAAAGGACUCGGGUGUCCUAGUGCUGGCUCACGGGCAGGAGAGCUGGGCACAGCACACACCUCUGAGGCAGGUCGCAGGGCAGCACAUCCGCCACGGCCCCUGCAUUUUUUAUCUCGUCAAUUUUUACAGCAGUUUUUUCUUCUCAAAAAACAAAAUACACAUCAAGAGAAAAAGAAAAAAAAACACACAAAAAGCUACGAUUCAGCUCACUUUUUGUAAAUAUUAAGCAUGAAUAUUAUAAGGUGCUUCCGCUUGGGACUGUAAAAAUAUUUGAAUGACUCAUACUCUAAGACUGAUGAGUUAGACACUGGCUUUUAUUUUUAUAAUAAAAUGAAUGAAAUAGGUUGGACUAAAAGGUAACUUUCAGGUAUAAGCCAUGUCAUAGGAAAUCUUUUAAAAGUACUUUUCUUAUAAAUACAAUUCUUACACUAGAACAAAUGGUCUCAACUGUAUCAUUAAAUCUACUGUGUUGUGAAGCAGCAUUUUCAGCACCAGCAUUAAAGUGCUGAGGACAUUGUGACUUGUUGUGAGUAAAUAAUACACAAACAUCAAGAGGCUAUUUAUAGAAAUAAUUUAUUUCCAGGAGGGAAAGUGUAUUACUGGUGGAGCUAUUAUCAAUACAGUCCAUUCCAUAUAAUGUUACAGUGAACUUUCUGAUUCAUGCAGCCUCACUUUCCACUUCCUAAAAUGAUGUAUAUAUUGCCAAUUUUCCAAUAAACUCAUAAACUUUAAGAGUACACAAAAUGGAGACAAAUGUGAACUCUGUGUUAUAUUUUAGAGUAUUCUGCCAUAAUAAACUCAGUGAAAAAAGAGACUAGAGCUGAGGCAACAAUUAACACAGAAUGAGAGUGAGUGUGAGUGUGUGUGCACGUGUGAGCGUGCGAGUGCACGUGCAGCCCAGUGGGCACCAAGCGCAGGCAUGACCCACCUGGCUCCUCUGAGCCUUCCCCCAGGGCCCUGGGCCUCGGAGCGCUGCAGGAGGACGAGCUUCCAGAGCCUGGCUUCCUAAAGGGCUGCGGAGAAGGCUGGCGGGCCUUCGAGCUCCUCCUCCCCAGCCUCUUCACAGAAGCCCUUUGUUUCUCCCACGGGUACCCCACCGGGAUGUCAACAAAGGCCCUGGAGAGGCAUGUGGUGCUGCGGUGGAUUCACUCCAGGGACUCGGGAGGAAGUCCUCGACCAGGCAGGUGGUGGUCACCAAAAUGCAGGUCCAGUGACGUCAGAGGACAAACUGCUAAAGCAAGAAAGCCAUUCCCAACCACCUGUGUAUGUAACAAGGCUUCGCAGCACAGAGCUAAAAAAUAAAAUUUUUUAAAUA